AUGUCAUUCAUCGGUGUUCCUCGUUUUAACGUUGACCUUGACUCGCCUCCCGAAGAACGCUAUAGACACAUCCUUCUAUCAACCGCCGCACCAGAUACUUCCUUUUCAGGCUUAAACAUCAACCCUUAUUCUCAUUUUCCCACAUACAUCGCCUGUAUUCUUGCUUCGCGUGAUGAAAUUCUUUUGCAACUUUCGGAAUUCAAUUGGAUUCAAACUUUCAUUGUCAACAAGAUCACGUCGUUUUUCGGAUUCUUCGCUUACAUCGGAUUUCUGUCUAACCAUCGCGAAUUGAAGGGCAUAGUGAAGAUAGUAAAUAAGGCCGUUCAUGACAAGAACAAACAGAUGCGAGGUCACUACCCGCAAACUGACAUCGAAGGUAUCACUCUUGGAUGGCUAGCACUGAUGCAAUAUAUUUAUGAGGCUUCGGCAAUGUGCACUAGCAUAAUCAUACAGCCGAAUAAUGACACAGGCAUAACGACACGACAUAAAAAAAAGUACCAAUGCCUUGGUCCACUUCACAUCCGCACCAUGGAUUGGGCAAUGCCUUUCUUGCGUCCAUUGACCGUUGAAUUGGUAUAUCAUCGAAACAAGAAACCACUAUACAUAGCUACCACGUGGAUCGGUUAUCUAGGUGUUUUGACGGGGAUGCGCCUUGUCCCUCGUGAAGACGGGGAAGAAUCAUUCUUGGGUGCAUACUCCGUUUCGGUAAAUUAUCGAAGUUGUUUGGGCACAUCAAACUCCACAUAUUUCCAAAAAUUCAUACGGCAAGCCAUUUUUCGUCGUGCGUACGCCACCGGAACGCUGGUUCGUCAUGUAAUGGAACAUAAUUCCGUAUAUUCGGAUGCGGUGAACGCUCUUUCGAAAAUGCCAAUCAUCGCGCCAUGUUAUUUCAUUGUCGCUGGUAGUGAAUAUAAUCAGGGUACCAUAAUAACCCGAGGUCGAGAUUGUGAUAAAGACUACAAGAAGUCAAUUGACAGUGUUUACUUGUGGGAACUGGAAAAACAGGGUACCAUCUGCCAAACGAAUAUGGAUCAUUGGACCGUAAAACAGAUUGUUCGACGGUCAGCGAAUAAUCGUGAGUCCAAUAGUGGACUACCUGAAGAUAUAUUUGACUCCGUUAGCAGGGUUUGUUACGUAGAAAAGGCGCUUCCGAAAUUAAUGCAAAAACACGUUGACUCCUCUUCCUUAUGGAGAUUUAUAUCUGCAAAGGAACUCGUGGAUAAAGAUAUAACAAUCUAUGGUACACUUAUGUGCCCUCUGACCGGAGAAUACGAAACCAGGCUACCGUUUAUGAAGCGCGGGCGUUUUUGUUUCUCUCUUCCGUAA